AUGGUCUACGCCAGUGUCCUGCAGCAUUACGUUGACAACUCCCCGCCCAAAAGCAUUCACGUCUGGAUACAGGCUCCCGAUUACAUACUCGUGGCGUUCUCCGAAGCGUUCAUCAUCGUCACCGGACUGGAGCUAGCCUUCACCCCAGGCCCAAAAGAAGUAAGCUUACCGGUAUCCCCUGGACUCAGGGGUCUCGAUAAGACUACAUUGCUGACAACGUCAUUUAACUUCAGUCUUCGUUCGGUUGUGUCCGCCCUAUUUUGGUUGACCAUUGGCAUCGCCGCCGCCAUUUGCAUUGCGCUUGCGCCUGUUUCGUAA